ACGCCUCUCACCCCGACUCUAAUACUCGUUCCUUACGCCCAUUUCGUUCAUUCACCUACCGCGAGCGUCCGGGGAGCGGUUACUCUGGCCACUCCGAUCCCACCCGACCCCGUGCACCGUCCAACGCCAAUAGUACGUCCGGAUAUCCAAACGCUUCCCGUCAGGACGGACAUUCGAACCCCAAUCUCAAUUCGUCUUCUGGCUCCUUCGGUGCAGGAAAUCCCAUGGCGGCCGUGGAUGUGGACCGCAGCCGGACGCGGCGGGAGAGAACAUUUGUGGGCAGUGAUUGCGCCGUGUGCGACGAGCCCUUAGAGCACACCUUGCGGGGAGAGCGGGUUCUGCAGUUUUCCUGCACCCACGUAUCGCACGAGGCCUGCUUCUAUGAGUUUAUCCGCGAAUGCGAGGGCCAGUACUGCCCCACAUGCGAUGCGCCGCUUGGGUUGGAUACCAGUCGGGGAGGCAAUGUGCUCGAUCUUGAGAAACUUAGCAACAUCGUCCGCUCGGUGACUAGCGACGCAGCAACACAACGAAGUGGCUACACCGCCCCUACUCCAUGGGAUCAAAACCAAGCUCCCGGACGUCGUCCCAGUGAUGCAGGAAGUCGGCCUAAUACCCACCGUGAGAGCCGUGAUAUGUAUGUUCGUCGCGAUAGCCGAGAUACUGGUAGCCACCGAGAUCGUGUCGAGCAUCUCACCCAGGGCUCCCGUCAACAGCAUUCACGCAACGGUAGUGCUGCCGGAUCGUCUACGGACUACAAUGAUCCACACCAUUCGGCCAAUGUUAGACGGCAUGACUACGAUGUGCAAGCCAUGGAGUCCGACCUCAGUCCCCGUCCUCCGGUUACGAGGAACCCGAUCCCGGCGCCAACUGUGACAAUUCGCAGCGAGUUCCCCACCCUCAACCGGUCUCGCCAACAGCAGGCGUUGACCUGCCUGGUCACCGUUGAAGUGCCAGAGGGUAGUUGGCGUCCCGACGAUGACGAUUUGCGCCACGCAGCAAAUGUCACUCCGCAACCACAGGAUGAGAUACUGAGUGCAAUGCGGUUUCCCACCGUUCAAGAGCCCCGACAAAUCCCUUUCGAGCCACAAGAGAGUCUGGAUGAACUUGCCGAGCAUCUGCGGAAAAAGGUGGACAAUUGGCAUGGUCUGGAAUUCCAACGCUUUGGCAAGCUUCGACUGCAUGGCCAGAUGAGCGUGGGAAAGGACCGCCAGUCUUGGCAAGAGCUGGAAUGCUAUUUGUUUGGCGAAAUGCUCAUCUGUGUCAAAGACAAGAAAAGCAAACCCCCUCGCCAUCCCGAUGAAGAGCCGACCAAGCCCAAGCCUACGAGGUCGACGCUGAAAGGAUCGAUUCUGAUCAAGAAGCAUCUCAAAAGCAUGGAGAUUUCGCCGGAUGACCUUGUCCUUGCACUGAACUUGUCUGUGGCUGAGCUUCCUUGCUUUUAUCUGCGCUUCCCGACUCGGAACCAACUUGACAUCUGGCGGCGGGCCCUUAUCGAUCUUCAUCCGGUGGAUGGGAUGUCUCGAAACGGUGACUUUGACUUGGAUCAUUCAGGCGCAGAGGAAGAAGAGUACCGGGCCAGCCAGAUCAAGCGUCAGGCCUCGCUGAACUCGUCUCAUGGAGCCGCUCGCUCUAACAACACGGCUAUAACCGACUAUACCAAUGCUGGCAUGGACAGCCCAUACCAGUCGUCAAUUCACAUCCCCCUCGACCUCGUCGUUGUGAUUCCGGUCUCUUCAUCCAUGCAAGGCCUGAAAAUCACUCUUCUGCGCGACGCACUCAAGUUCCUUGUGCAUAACCUGGGCCCUCGCGAUCGCAUGGGCCUGGUGACUUUUGGUUCAAGUGGUGGAGGUGUUCCUCUUGUUGGCAUGACUACGAAGAACUGGGGCGGUUGGAACAAGAUUCUGGAUUCUAUUCGCCCUGUUGGUCAGAAGAGUCUUCGCGCCGACGUUGUUGAAGGUGCCAAUGUGGCUAUGGACUUGCUCAUGCAGCGCAAGUCGGCCAAUCCCGUCUCGACUAUCCUUCUAAUCAGCGAUUCCUCCACGUCCGACCCGGAAAGUGUUGAUUUUGUUGUUUCCCGAGCGGAGGCUGCUAAGAUCAGCAUUCACUCUUUCGGCCUCGGCCUGACCCACAAACCGGAUACGAUGAUCGAGCUGUCAACUCGGACCAAAGGCUCAUACCUCUACGUCAAAGACUGGAUGAUGCUCCGCGAGUGCGUGGCUGGUUGCUUGGGGUCUCUGCAAACGACUUCGCACCAAAAUGUCAAGCUCAAGCUUCGUUUGCCUGAGGGGUCCCCAGCCAAGUUUGUUAAGAUCAGCGGUGCUCUUCAUACCACAAAACGGGCUACUGGGCGUGAUGCCGAGGCUGCUCUUGGAGAUCUUCGCUUUGGGGACAAACGCGAUAUUCUCGUACAACUCGUUAUUCCCCCGGACAAUUCGAGUCAAGACAGCCUGCCCCAAGACGCAUGGGAGAGCCUUGUGUCUGGGUUAGAGGCGCUUGGAGGCGUGUCGGAUACUGAUGACCAGCGUGUGUCUAGUGUGGAGGAGGUUCCGUUGAUCCAGGCAGAUCUCACUUAUGGUGAUCUCUUGCGGGACGGCCAUCUCACACAUUCUCCUCGGCCUUCGCUGUUGGCUAUCACUAUGCUCCCACCAAACCCCAAAGCCAAGCCUGGCCGUCCGGCUAGCCCUCCCAUUCCACCUCUCCCGUCGAUUGUUCAGCGACGUAUGGAGCUGUUGACGUCCGACAUGCUGACGAGAGCACUGACCCUGGUGUCGCGGGGGCAGCAUGAUCGCGCACAGCAUCUAUUAACCGAGACUCGCAGUAUCCUGAAGGGCCUUGGUAAGGGUAGUCUACCACCUCUCCCUCCAGGCGCGAAGCCAUCUGGCACCAGUGAUACUGGUAGUCGAGGCGGAACUCCCACAUCGUCCUCGUUCGAUGGUCAUUCAGCAUCCUCGGACACGGCCACCAUCACGCCCGGGGCCGGGGUUGACGCACAGACCAUGACCGCCUUGGAUGCCGAUCUCAAGGCUGCCCUGGAGUGGAUCAACCACCCAGCAGUCUUCUCCCGCGACUCUCGCAAGGCUGUCCUCCAGGGCAUCGGCGUGAUCUCUUCGCAGCGCGGAUACACCUUCCGUUCCCCCGCCGAAGCUCACUGGGCCCAGCGCGUGGCGGGUGUCCGACGCCUAACCGAACGCUCUAAAGAAUGGCGAGAGACCAGUGACGACGCGCUGAUGGAGGAAUAAACUCGUUCAACUCAUACAACAUUCGCCUUCUACUUGUUCCCGGAAUUUUGGAUCGGCUUUUUUGUUUUGAUUUUUCCCUUGUUAUUGCCACUUAUGAUACCACUCUGUUCACCACGACUGUGCGACAUGAUACCACGGUUUUAUUUCCCCUUCACCUUGCAUUUAAUUGUAUAUCUAUACCAUACCGGGAGAGUUUCUGUACAUACAACCUUAUUUUCUCUAACUUAAUUGGCGGGUGGUUGCCUGGUCUUUCUGGACUGAUAUUGGGAAUGAUUUUUACGGCUUUGGUGGUACGCAUGGUGUCAUUGAUGAGGUACGGUGUUGAUUUUUGAGAACUUCC